AUGUCUGAGGUAUCAAACGACUCGGUGCAGGUGAUUGACGAGGCGAAGGAGUUUCAAAGAGACUCCGUGAAAGCAUACUUGUCCAAGGUGUCGCCAAAUGACAUGGGACUGGACUACCAUGUGAUCUCCGUGUUUGGCUCGCAGUCCACGGGGAAGUCGACGCUACUGAACGCGCUGUUCCACACGAAGUUCGAUGUUAUGAACGAAGCUCAGAGACAACAGACCACGAAGGGCAUCUGGCUGGGGUUCUCCCCCAAAGUUGAAUCACACUCGACAUCGCUCGGUAAGGAGCAUGUGUUUGUGAUGGAUGUUGAAGGCUCUGAUGGCCGAGAGCGUGGAGAAGACCAGGACUUUGAGAGGAAAGCAGCUCUGUUUGCCUUGGCCACCUCAGAGGUGUUGAUUGUGAACAUCUGGGAACACCAGGUUGGGCUCUACCAAGGUGCCAACAUGGGGCUGUUGAAGACGGUGUUCGAAGUCAACCUCUCGCUGUUUGGUGACAAGGACCAUAAGAUGCUGUUGCUGUUUGUCAUUAGAGACCAUGUCGGUUCCACUCCGUUGGAGAACUUAUCCAAUACUCUGACCCAGGACUUGCACAAGAUGUGGAAUGACAUUGCCAAACCUUCCACUGUGGCAUCCGAUACUCCACUUUCGAAGUACUUUGACUUGGAGUUUGUCGGACUGAGUCAUAAAGUGUUGCAAGAGCACCAAUUCCACGAGGAUGUUCGUUCACUGGGUGAUCGUUUCACACCUGGAGAUGAGAAUUACUUGUUUAAGAAGGACUAUCACCAAGCAUUCCCUAUCGAUGGGUGGUCAGUGUACGCUGAGAACUGCUGGAACCAAAUCCAAUCGAAUAAGGAUUUAGAUCUCCCAACACAACAAAUCCUUGUCGCUAGAUUCAGAUGUGAUGAAAUCAUCAAGGAGACCUUGGAAUUGUUUGACUCUGAGUUCGAACAUACGUUUGGUGGUGUAAAACUGGAUGGCUUGAAAGGUGCUUCACUCGCUGAUGAGUUCAAGAAGCUGCUGCAACUGUCAUUGAGUACGUAUGACUUACAAGCGGGUCAUUAUAACAAGGAAGUUUACACGUCGAAGAGAGAUGCGCUUACGAAAAGUAUCAACUCAAAGCUGCUCACUUUAUUCAAGGAGUUCAUCAAGGAGUUGUCGAAAUCAGCUUUCUCAGAGUUCACUCAAAGCCUAAACGACAAGUCUACAAAAGCCACAUUCUUGGAGAGAUCAACCGAUGCAAAGACCAUCGCAUUGACAUCUUUCUCCCAAGAGCUUGAGCCCGUCAAUGAAUUGGAUCCUGAAACAUUCACAUAUCAAAAUGAAUUGGAAGAAUUUAGUUCCAAGUUACAGGAGCAGAUACAACGUUCGAGGGAACAAGAGAUUAACACAUUGACAUCUCGUAUUGCUAAGAAAUUGGUUCCAUCAUUGAAGAAUGAAACGGUAGAUUCAUUUGCAGCCCCGGAUAUUGAGAUGUGGGACAGGGUCUUGGACAGUUUCAGAGAGCUGUUGAAACUAUCGCUUUCAAAGUAUCAAACCAGUGAUUCUACUUAUGACUUCAAACUGGGUUGCUCCCCAGAGGAAAACGACAGAAUAGUUCAGAAGAUCGGCAAGGAAUCAUGGUUGUCUUUUGACAACUUCAUACACGAUUAUCUUAGACCUGAUAACGUUGUGAACAUUCUCAAACGUCAAUUCGAUGAGGUGUUCACAUAUGACAACACUGGCAUCCCAAGGGUUUGGAAGAACGAAACAGAGAUCUCGUCUGCGUAUAGGGAGGCCUCCCAGCACGCACUAAAGUCGCUUCCUCUGCUGUCCAUUGCUAAACUGUCAAACGAUUCAGAGAUCAUUCCUGAUUAUGACAUCUACGACGAUGAGGAUGAAGAGGAUGUGCAUCCACACAGGUUCUCACACAUCUUGUCUGCUCCUGAACAGCUAAGAGUCAAGAAGGACUUCCUCAAACAGGCUGAGGUAUCAUACCGUGAUGCGUCGCGUUCCAUCAUCUCAAACAUCUCAAAGAUUCCACCAUUCAUGUACAUUCUGUUGAUCGUCUUGGGAUGGAACGAAUUCAUGGCUAUCUUGCGCAACCCUCUCUACUUGGUGCUUGCCAUUCUCAUUGGUACCGGGCUCUUCUUUGUGAACACUCUGAACUUGUGGGGGCCGUUGGACCUCGCAUUCCACGCUCUAGUGAAGCAAAUAAAGGCACACCUCGCUAGCAUUUUACUCGACGACAACUCAGCUACAGUUCCGCAGCCGUUGGAAUCCUACGAAAUGGAUGACUUAUCUGAGAAGAUUGAAUAA